AUGCAGGAUGAGGCCGAGCGGCAGCGACAAGGGGCAGCGUCUCUUCGCAAGUUCCUGCAGAUGCAGCAGGCAGCAGGUCUAGCGGUUCCUGGAAUGGAGAUGCUGGCACAGAUCGCCCAACCACCAGCGCCCAACCCUGCAUCGAGCACAGGUACGAACAAUCGGAAGGAUUGUGGCGCGCCACUGCCCCAUCCUGAUCCAAAGACGAUGCAGCCAUCGAAGGUGCAGGACGCAGCCACUGAGCCUGUGCUCGAGGCAUCCUCAGAUGCCCCCGAAGCGAGAGCGCAGGCGGGUCAACGGACGGAUGGUGAUGAGGCUGGCAUGACUGGGGUGACCACUGACAGUGCUGCAAGAAUCAUGGGUCCACAAGGUGAGGCUGUGGCUAAUCUAUGCGGAAGGCAAGCCAUGGACGAGGAGUCUGUUCCCAUUUGCCGUAAAGCAUGCUUGAUGGGAUGCGCGGUGCUGUAUGCCUACAUGGGCCGCAGCUCUUCCAGCGAAUCCACAUCCAAGGCUGCCAAAAAGAAAGGCGAUAAGAAAGCCAAGAAGUCCUCAAAGAAAGAGGCCAAGAAGGCCAAAAAAGAAGCUAAGAAAGCCAAAAAGCUAGCAAAGCAGAUCAAGAAGCUCGAGGAAGAAGUGGAGAAGCGCAAGCGCCAAAUCAAAGGGGAAGUGGAGGGGAAGAAGAAAAAGAAGAAAUCAUCAUCAUCAUCGUCUUCUUCCAGUUCCAAGCAGCAAAAGAAAGGCUCUAACAAGCCUCCUGAACCAGCCGCUGAGACGGAGGAGCACUGGGAGCAUAGGCAGUUGCCGGAAAGUCUGAGCCAGCCAGCGCAGCCAGGGCCUCUGGUGUACUCGGAGACGCAGUCACCACCAAAGUCGCCUCAGUCGCCGCGGUCUGAGAAGGAGAGGUCGCCACCCGAAUCCAGCUCCGAGGAGUCUAACCCAGAAAUCCACGAGGGGGCAGUUUGUGACCAUUGUGACAUGCAGCCUAUUCUGGGCCCACGCUUCAAGUGCGCCAGCUGCGAUGACGUCAGCCUUUGCAAGAAGUGCUACAAGCGACGUCAGGAGAUCCACAGGCCCAGCCACCGCUUUUUUGCCAUGAAGCCUAUGAAGUCAGACCAGCCCAUCCAGCCCAUCCAGCCCCAUUCGCCCCGGCCACUGGCAGAGAGAGCCGACUCCGGAGAGCCGCAGGAGCUUCUGGCGGCUGGGAGGGCACCACGUGCAGAGCAAUAUCCGGAAGCUCCAACUCCAAAUACGAACGUCGCACCCGUGAGUGUUUCAGCGCCGAUGAUUGUGCCGGCAGUGGCACAAGAAGUGGCCUCGCAGAUGCAAGAGCGCUUUCUCAACAUGGGGAAGGGCUACGCGAAAAGCUGGCAGGAGUCCCUUCCUGUGCUGGAAGACCCUGCAGCAAAGAAGCAUACAAAGGUGUCCAAGCCAGAGCCCAUAACAAAGGUUGGCAAGCAGAUGAACCGUGGUGCGGCUUGCGGUCUUUGCCUUCAGCAGGUGCCAGAGACUGCUAGUGGAGUCCUCUGCUUCCGGGUUCGGCCAGACGGAACUGAAGCAGGCUGCAGCAAGAGCGUUUGCUUCCCUUGCAUGGCCCGCGCCUCCUCCGUCAUGUUUGGGAAGGUCCGUGUCAACAAGGAGAUUUGGAUGGCCAUGGGCGCUCAAGCUUGGUGGAUGCACGAGCGCUGCAUGACGUCCGAAGAGGUCGUCGAGCAUGCCGAGUUGGUGAAGUCAACUGGCUUGGAAGAAACUUUGAAGGCGAGUAAGAAGCUGCCAAAGGGCUGGGUGAGCAAGAUCUCCAAAACCACAGGCAAAGUCUACUACGUCAACGCGAAGAAAAGCAAGACCCAAUGGACGCUGCCAGAGGAGGAGGUCGAAGAGACUCAAGAGCACUCCCAGCAAGUCACGGCGAACCUCAAAGAGCAUGAGUCUCCAGCUGAAGGUGGGCAACAAGAUGUAAAGAGUCACGCAGGGCAAGAAGAACUCACAGAGCUUUGA